CUCUCGCUCGUCUUGACCCUCUCCUUCCCUUCCAUCGUCGAGUCCAACUCCAGCGCAUUCGUUUUGAUUGGAAGCGGCAAGAUGUCCGGUGAGGAGGAGGAGAACGCUGCCGAGCUCAAGAUCAGCGAAGAGUUCCUGAAGGCCAAGUGCCUGAUGAACUGUGAGGUGGCGAUCAUCCUGGAGCACAAGUACGAGCAGAUCCAGCAGCACGCGUCAGAGUCGGACCCGUCGUCGCAGGUGUCCCAGGUGUUCGAGAAGUCGCUGCAGUACGUGAAGAACUUCAGCCGCUACAAGAACCCCGACGCCGUGCGCCAGGUCCGCGAGACGCUCAGCCGCUACGGCCUCGCCGAGUUCGAGCUCUGCACGCUCGGCAACCUCUGCCCGGACACCAGCGGCGAGGCCACCGUGCUCGUACCAUCCCUCAAGUCCGGGGGGAGGUUUGUCGGCGACGCCGGCAACGAGAAGAUUGAGAAGAUGCUCAACGACCUCUCCCUCAUCAAGAAGUUUGAGUAGGAGUGCCAUGGGCGUGCCUUAUUCAGUUCUUCAGUUUCCCUAGCUGUGUGUGUGACCUGUGAGACUUUUCUUAGCAGCUGACAAUGUAGUAGAAUUCCUACUGAUCAUCAAUGUUACAGUCAGUCAACUUGAUCUGCCUC